AUGGACAUCGCCACGCGCUGGACAAUGCUAGUCCACAAACACCCGUCCCCCUGGAUCGAGCUGGUAGGCAUGCUCGCGACCCAAGUUCUCACCUUCUGGCUUCCAGCCGGCAUAUUCACCGUGUUCGACCUGCUGGCCUGGCCGUCCAUCCAACAAUACAAGAUCCAACCGGCGCACAAGCAGCCCCUUCGCAAGCUCAUCAUCCGCGAUGCCCUGCUGGGCUCCCUGGGGAAUCAACUGCUCAGUACCACGCUGCAGGCCCUGCAGCUGGUGGCGGUCCACCUCGUCCUCGGGCGGCCCGACCUGGGCUACCGCGUGCCGGCGACCCUGCCUUCCCUCCGCGAGUUCCUGGUGGACCUAGUCCUGUGUAUCCUGGCGCGCGAGACCACCUACUACUAUGGCCACCGGCUGCUGCACCACCGGUUCUUCUACGCGCGGUUCCACCGCCAGCACCACCGGUUCCACGCCCCCGUCGCGCUGGCGACCCUGUACGCCCACCCGGUCGAGCACAUCGUCACCAAUAUCCUGCCCAUCGUGGGGCCCGCGCGCUUGUUUGACGUGCACGUCGUGACCCUGUGGGCGUUCAUCGGCGCCGUCGGCCUCAAGGCCGCCCUGGCGCACAGCGGGUACCGCCUGUGGGAGACCCCAGACGGCUGGAAGCCCGAGGUCCAUGAUCUGCACCAUGAACUGAUGACGGUCAACUACGGCUUAAUCGGCCUCAUGGAUCGGGUGCAUGGGACGCGCGCGACAAGCAAACCGAAGCGGAGCUAG